UCUUCCUCUUGUUCUGCUCGUCUACAACAUGCCCGUGUCCGCUCGUCAACUCGUCUCGCUCCUCGCCCUGGUGGCUACCAUCCCACUCGCCUCGGCCCACGGCUCGCUCACCAAGAUCGACGUCGCGGGCAAAUCCUACCCGGCUUGGAUCCCCAACCAAGAUCAUUAUGCCGCCAUGAACUUUGCCAACGGAGCCGGAGCUGCUGCGCCGGACGGCAAGUACAGCGUGAGUGCCGCGAUCUCUGUUGAACUGGCCUGGGUGAGACGAGGCUGAUAUCGAUUCGAACCGACAUGCGCGCGCUUGCAGAGGAAAAACGACAUCCUGGACAACGGAUACACGGACCCUUCUUCGGCUGCCAUCGCCACUGGAGGUACAACCGAAGGCGCUCUUUACGAUGCAACCAGCCCCGUCAAGUCGAUUCCCAUGAACGCUGGAGAUAGUAAGUUCAGAUUCUCA